AACCUGGCAUCGUAAUGUAGCAAUAAAUAGCCGGCCGGCCCAAGGUUGUCGUAGUACUCAGGUGACAGAGGCGCAGGAACCAACAAGAUGAAGGUCUUACUGUCUCUCUCUGCGCUCUUGUUCGUCUCAAGCAUCAACGGUGCUCCCACUGACGAUGGCUCCUUCUUGGCCAACUGUGAUUCCACAUCAGACUCCAGUGAACACCCUGAGGAUCACGACACUUCCUUCGGCUCCUCCAGCAACGACCAUGAUGUAGUCGUCUCGGCAGGCGACCAAGACGACAGCCAGCCUCGAGUCUCUCCUCUCCCAACCCAAAUUUCGUUCUUGAGUGAGAGAGAUCAGGCUGACAGCUCCACGACUGAAGACAGAACCCCAAGCGUCGAGACUACCACCAUCACCCUGGGCACUGCAGACAGCUUCAGCCCGUUCUUCCACUCUCAGGUGGGUGCCUCGCGGUUCACCAGAGACACCUCGGACUCCGAGAAGGCCGAAGUUGAUCACGACAGCUACGAAGUCACCACACAGCAGGAGGUUAUAGACUUUAAGAGGGAAGAACAUGAGGAGGAUAGUAGCGAAGAUACUUCAUUCGCACAUGUCUCACUGCCUGGGUACUCCAAGCUCCACGGCGUCUACCGGUAACAUCUUCCCAGCCUCAAGCAGCAGCUACCAAGGUCUCCCAGUCAUCAACUCCAUGUGACGGUCACUCGCACUUUAUUGUCAAGAUAGUCAUCAGUGUUUAUAUUUAUAGCCAACACCAUAUGCCUGUAAUUUAACAUUGACAGUUAACAGACCAACGUUAGCUUAACCAGCAAGUUUCUGUUAAUGUGAUCAAUAAAGUUUAACGUUAAUUUGAUCAGUAAAUUAUACAUUAAUUUUGUGCUUUUGUCAUGUCUGAAGCCCUCUAUGUAUGUUUAUUGUAUAUUAAAACAGAAUAAAAUAUA